AUGAGACAUGGGAGCACCAAUACGCCAGCUUUUUCUCCUCCUUACUUUGGAUCUCUACUCUCAAAUGACGUACGCCCAGGAAUCUGUACUUAAGUACAAACUACGGGAAGAACAAUCUAAAGAAACAUUUGUUGGAAAUGUGGCACGUGAUAGUCUUUUAUAUGGAAACGUAUCAGAACAAGAGUUCAACCGAAUGAGAUUUCAAAUUCUUACACAAGGUAAUCAAGAUGCUUCAAAUUUUCAAAUUAAUGAAACCUCAAGCUCUUUGUUGACAAAGGUGGUGCUGGACCGAGAGACAUUAUGCCCUGAUGAAGAAGCAUGUGUUCUUAAAUUCAAUGUGGCAGUUUACAAACAGUAUGUUGGUACUAACCAACUUGACCUCCACCAGAUCAUUCCAGUAGAGGUUAGAGUAGAUGAUAUCAACGAUAACUCGCCAGUAUUCCCAGCAUCAGAAGUAGCCUUGACCGUAUCUGAGGGUGUCAACGUAGGUCAUGUCAUACUGACCUCUGGAGCUAUCGAUCGUGAUACUGGUCAGAACAACUCCAUACAAUCUUACGAACUUGUGCCAUCCAAUGAAAUGUUUAGUCUUAUUCAGACUCCAAAUUUGGCUGGAGGAUCAGAUUUAGGAUUGAAAGUUCGGUUUAAGUUGGAUCGUGAAACACGGGACUUUUAUGAAUUGAAAGUGAUAGCAAGUGAUCAUGGGUUCCCAGUACGCACAGGCAGUGUUAGAAUUAACGUCACUGUUACAGAUGAGAAUGAUAAUCGCCCAGCGUUUUCGCGUGCCAAUUACAGCACCACAAUUCCAGAGAACAAAGCAGUUGGCUCAACCAUCCUCAUUCUGUCUGCUACUGAUUUCGACACUGGGAAUAACGCCAAGCUUACAUAUGCUUUCAGCUCAAGAGUGUCACAGAAAGUGAAAAGAAAGUUCACAAUCAAUUCUACAUCAGGCGAGGUUUCGGUGAUUGCUCCCCUCGAUUAUGAGGUGGACACUCAGUAUCAGUUUAUUGUUGUUGUUAGCGACCAAGGACAGCCACCAUUAAUGGCUUCUUCCGUUGUCACUGUUGAUAUACAGGACCUCAACGACAAUGCACCGCAAAUUAACAUCAACCUCUCACCAGUUGGCACAGACAUCUCGGAGGCAGCCGAUGUUGGUCAAUAUGUGGCUAAUGUGGCUGUGUCUGAUCGUGACAGUGCGGCCAACGGCAAAGUUCGAUGUCAAGUCAUGGGUAACAAUUUCAGAUUAGAAGAGAUCUACACGGAUAUGUACAAGAUAGUUAUACAAAACAAACUUGAUUACGAAACGGAAAGAUUUCAUAAUGUGACCGUUAAUUGUCAGGACGAGGGAAUCCCACAACGACAGAAUACAACCAGCUUUUUUAUUCGUGUUCAGGAUGUAAAUGACAAUCCGCCUGAGUUUACUAAACCGGAGUACCAGGUGACCAUGCAGGAAUCCAAUGACCCUGGAGCUUAUGUACAGGAGGUAAUUGCUACAGACAAGGACAGUGGAAACAAUGGACGCGUGUCCUACUCUCUCGAGCCCGACGGUCUGUCUUUCUUCUCCAUUGACCCCACUAUGGGUACAAUUUCUGCAGAUGUGUCGCUGGACCGCGAAUUGCGUCAAGUCAUCAGGUUCCAUGUAACUGCCACCGACAAAGGAACACCCCCGCUUAGCUCAUCUACCGUGGUGGAGGUAAUACUAAGUGAUAUCAAUGACAACACGCCUAUGUUUACUCAGUCCUUAUUCCACUUUCAUGUCCUGGAGAACCAGGACCGAGGACCCAAGGUUGGAACAUUGACCGCCAAAGAUUUAGAUGCGGGUGUUAACAGUCAGUUUAGUUUCGAUUUUGUGCCACCGAUCCCUGCUGAUUUUCGCCUUAAUCAGGAUACCGGCAUUAUCACUGGUUACACAAAACUGGACCGCGAGUUACAAAAAACAUAUAAUUUCACAGUGAUGGUAACAGACAAGGGUACACCUCGUCGAUAUAGUACAGCCCAGGUGAUGGUGGAAGUUUUAGAUGAUAACGACAACAUCCCGGUCAUUGUUCAUCCCAACAACUUCAACAAUACAGUAUACUUUCCUUACACUGUGAAUGCAGGAGCACUUGUUACUCAGGUUGAGGCAUAUGAUAUUGACGAUGGUGACAAUUCACGUCUCCGUUACUAUAUUGACACUAUCGACCCACCCAACUCAAGAGACGUGUUUAGUAUGGGGCUUUAUAGUGGAAGUCUUGUUGUAGCCCGCAAGUUACAGCUCUACGAUGCAGACUCUUACCGACUUGUAUUGUCAGUGAAAGACGACGGACUUAACGAGCUGAAAUCGUACACUAAUCUCAAUGUAAUCAUCACCGUUAGUAACAGUACUGUGCUUCCGAUACAUAGUGACGAUGACACAGGAAUGAACAUUAUAAUUGUCGUCAUCAUCGUUGUUGUCACUGUCGUACUGUCUAUAGCUAUUGUUGUCACUAUCAUAAUUAUACGCAGGAUCGACGGAAGUCGCCAAGAAAACAAUAAUCACUCAAAAAACGAGGCACAAAAAAUAAUAGCUACUGCUAAGAUACACGAGACUAUGUCAACAGACUCUUCCAAUAAUUCAGAUGAUCCGCUAAAAAAGAAAAAUAAGAAAGAAGUGAGCUUUUCUCUCAGUGAUGAAACAGACUCGAUGAAUACUUCUACACUAACAAAUUUAACAACAUUUUCAACUUUUAAAAAUCCUCCUUCAACGCUGGAUGGGAGUAAAUCUUUAGAGAAACCACAAGCAUCAAGUUCACUACUGACUGCUAGUAAUCUCCAAGCGUCUGACGACAGUUACGACAAAAAAUAUGACCUCAGUAAUGACACAUAUGACAAAAAAUAUGACAUUAGUCGGUACUACAGUCCAAACCACCUUCAUCCUCCUAGUCCAGAGACAAUUUGGCUGCAGCAGCUGAAGCAAGAUGAGGCAAACCAUAUUCGGGACAUGCUGAAGAAAGGUGAAGACGCGGGAAGUGAGAUGUCUGCAGAGUCUGCCACCAGUGAUAGUGGCCGUGGCGGCAGCGAGGAGGACGUCCACAGUAAUCGGGGACAUGCUUUCUCUGACAAUGAAGAGCCGCGCCAAAAUACCCAAAGUGAUCUCAAGGGCUCAGACUUUUCCCGCCAAAAUUCAUCUAGACAUUCGAAUGCAUUACAUUCCAAUUAUCAAGAUAUUCCUGGCAAGGCAGCACCCCCUGGUGAUGGUUACCAUAGGAACAUCAGUUUCAGUGAUGACAGUGUCAAUGCCAAUACCACGGUAGACAGUUGUAAACACCCGUCAAAGCUCCGGGGUGCAAGUCCCCUCAAAAACUUGUCUUCAUUUUCGCAAUAUGGUGGCAGUAGAUUUCGUGAUCAAAGUAACAGAUCUCAACUAGACACUCUAAAUGAAGGAAGUACAUUCGGUCUAAGUUAUUCAUUAGCGGACAUCGAUGACACAAUAAGUGAAAGUGUCGCAACACGUGAUGAUGAUGGUGACAGUACAACAACAUCAGGAAGCUACACGAUCAAUCCUGAUGAACUGCGAAAUGAGAUUGAUAAUCUCUUCUUCAACGACAUUAUUGUGUGAUCUUAGUGUAGUUAUACACAUAGACAUUUUCAUAAGUGCCAAAAUAUUGCCCCAUACCCAGUAAUACUGUAAAUUUCCUGUCUCAAUGCACAGAUGCAUGUCAGAGUUUAAAAUGUGUCGGCUAUUUUUAAUUAAGGUGACUGAUAAUGUUCUGCCCAUGUUCGGUGCUGUAUGAAAGUGGUGAUCAUAUGAUUCCUGGAAAAAAAAUGCAAUUUUUUGCUUCUAUGCAGCAGAAUUAGCCACAGUGGUGGAAUUUUAAAAUAAGUUUACACUGACAGUGACAAAUGUGGUUUUUUUUGUUGUUGUCGGGUCCUGACAGAUAAAACUCCAGCCACAUGUGGCCUAAUAUUCCCCAUCUAAAUCGGUACAUCAAAGCUCCUGAACUUGUCAAAAGUGCUAUCACUGAAUAAAUGUAUUGUUUUAAACACGAUCAGAGAUUGUUAGGCAUUGCCUUUUUUACA